AUGAGCUCCGCACGCCGGCCAAUCACCCCGAUCGAGAUCUUGCGUAACUGCCGCGGGAAAGAAGUCUCCAUCGAGCUUUCGGACGGCGAGACGGUGAAUGGCACCGUUAUGCGCACUGAUCGUGCCAUGAACGUGGUAAUCAAACAAUGUACUCGCACUGGCGCUGAUGGCGAGUCGUUUUGGAAGUCGCGUGAGUGUUUUAUUCGGGGUGCCAGCGUGAAGAACGUGCGCAUGACGGACAGUGCACUCGUCUCCGUGCCGGUGCCAGCGAAACGCAAGGCGGCAGGUAACAAAGGCGCGGAUGCUCACAAGGAGAAAUUCGCAGCAGGUAGAAAGCGGCCGCGGAAGUAG